AAAUGGAUCUGCAUGAACGCUAUAUGCAUACUUCAACAAUAGAUUUUUCAAUCUUGGAAUUAUUAGACAUUGCAUUCAAAGAUGACCCAUUUUUAUUGUUACAUCGUUUAAACAAAUAUUACGAUACCCAAAUACUAAAAGACAAUUUAUAUGCAAAGCAAUUACAUACAUUUCGAAUGAUAUUAUGUUAUGAAUAUCAACUUAUAUUUGAUACAAAAAAGAAACAUUCUAAAGCAGUGUCAAAUGAUUUAUGUUUUAAAAUUAUAGAAAAUACUUUAUUGGGGAAAAAAAAAUUACAGAAUAUUAUCGAAUAUCCAAUUUUAUACGAUAUCAUAAUUUUACGAUUAACGCUUCACUGUGAUGUACAGUGUAUUGAACAACACUUGAUAAAUUUUCAGAGGUCGAAUGCUGAUACCUUGAAUAGUAAUGAAAGUAAAAUUUUGUAUAUGAAAAUACUAGAAUGCUUUUUAGAAUCAUUACAAUUAAAGAAAUUUCUGUAUAAUGACUUGGAAUCAAAUCUACUAAAACAUUUUAAUUCUCUGUACCUGAAAGAUAUAAUAUUAUGGUUACAAAUGAAAGAAAAUAAGGAAUGGCAAUUAUUUGCUUCAAUUUUCCCAAAAUUAAUAAAUACCUUUGAUUCUGAAAGUAUUUUCCCAGUUGUAUGGAAUUGUAUCUUAAAUGAAUUAGAUGAUUUGAAAGAUUUAUUAAGUGCACUCAGCAUUUUAAUAGAUAUAUAUUUCUCAUUAAAUUUAAAAGAUAAGAGUCUUAUACGUCAUGAUCUAUAUUGUACAAAACAACUAUGGUUAUUAAUAAUGCAGAGCUUAAAGUCUCCUAUACAGCAAUAUCGUAAACAAGCAUUAUUUAUAAUGAAACGAAUAACUUGUUUUAUGAAUACUAUAGCUGAAAGUGAUUUAAAAUCAAUAGAGUAUACAAUUACUCCUUUCCUAUGCAAUCAAUCUAUUGAAACAGAAAUAUCAAUAAAUGACAUUAGACAAAAUUAUUUCUUGAUAUUAGAAGCAUUGGAAGAAAAACAACAUCAUCUAAUAUUACCUGCAUUAACUCAUUUACCAAUUUUGGUAAAAGGAAGUCAGGAGCAUGCUGCAUGUAACAACUGCUUUAGCAACAUUUGGUUACAACUAUGUUUUGAAAGAAUAUUAUUGCAUGAAAAUAAUACUAUAGUAAAACAGGGAAUAUUGUAUGUUUGUAAAUUACCUGCUCUUUUACAUGAUGAUCAGUUUGUAAAAUUAUUUAUACAUGUUUUAAAUAAUACAUUUUUAUAUGAAUGUAAAACUUAUCAACAAGAACCAGAAAUAUUAAACGAUAUUGUAACAUUAUUUAUACAUGUAAAAAAGGAACAAGUUGAAUUUUUAAAUAAAGUUCUUCAAAUAAUGAACGAAGAAACAUGGGCUCCUAUACCAAUAUUUUAUAUGAUGAAAGUUUUAAGGACAGUUUCAAGUCAAGUAUUAAAUUAUUGGGAAGAUGAUCAAUUAAAUAUAAUUAAAUCUUUAAUUCAGAAAAACCAAAUGCAUUCUCAUAUAUUAAGAAUUGCAUUUCAAAUUGAACUUAUAAAAACAAUUUCUCUUUCUAUAAAAAAAAUUAAUGACUUGAAAAUUGUAAUGGAUAUGUUGUUAGAAUUUCCUUUAGAAGAAAUUUUCAUAAGAAAUUCAUUUUUAUGGAAUAUUAUAAUAGCAUGGUUGAAAGAAGUAUUAAUAAAAGUAGAUGCAAUAAAUUUUAUUAAAUUUAUUUGUAAGGAACAUCCAUGUCAAGAUUUGCAUGUAAAAUUCAAUCCUGCAAAAUUUGCUCUUAUUGUUACAAUGUUUCAUGAUGCAGGUCUAAUAUUACAACAGAAAUCAUGUCCUGUAGAAGGUGUACUCAAUAAUUGGCUAUCAUCACUGAAAGGGAUAGCUACAAGACCUUAUGCAGAUACUGCACAUAUUUUUUAUAUGAUAGAAUUUAUGUCAUAUUUACUUAAUUUAAGUAACAUAGACACACAGAAGAGUAUUAUACAACUGUUCACUUUAUAUAUUAAUGAUGCAUUAAAAUUUUUACUUAAAAACAGCAAAAGCAUACCAUACAAGUUUAAUUAUGAAGAAUUGAACAGAUAUCUUACUGCAAUUACUUCAACUCUUAACAAUGGAAACUUGCUUUUAACAAAACAAGAAAUUUUACAUUAUGUUGAGAAGUUUAAAAAUGAUAGUAUAACUAUUAUUCAAAAUAUAAAACAAUAUACAAACAUGCAUUACAUAUAUGCUUUAUAUAUCUUACAUUAUACUCAAAAUAUUUUAUGUACAAACUACACUUCAUUUUAUUUACAACCAUUAUUAAAUAUCCAUGAUAUUCACAUACCUAGUAAUGAUGAAUCUGAAAUAGAACUGAAAGGGAAAAUAGCAUCAGAUUGUUAUGUAUUACUUGCUAGACUUGUAAAUCAAUUUUUAACGAAAGUAGAAAUAAAAUUAUGGCCUCAAAACAUUGACUGGAUUAAAAGUAUUUCCUAUUUAUAUGAAAUGGGAGGAAAUGAAAUUAUUCCAGAAGUAGCACUGAUAUUAAAAACAAUGGUUAAUAAGGGAGCAAUAGGAGAUCUAGAAAAUAAAUUAAACUUGAUAUCUAUUUUCACUACAUGUUGGAAAACCACUUUGUUGAGUACAAAGAACAAGAUUUAUUUUCUAGCAAUAAAAAAUCUUAUAGGAGUUGUUAUAAACAAUAAUUUUUUGGUAUUACCCAAUAUUAAGGAUUUUAUAGACAAUUUUCUUAAUCAACUACUGGAAGAAAGUAAUAAUGUGCCAAAACUGAAAAAAUUUUUAUUAGAUGAAAUGAAAUUUUUAAACACGUGCUGUUUAAAAAAUCUACAAGAUGCACUAUUAACAUGUCUCCUUCAUGGACAUGUACUUCGAAAAGAUAAACAAAUAGAAAAUCAAGUCUAUUUAUAUAUUACAAAAAAUUAUCAUAGCUGUUACCCACAACAUAUACAAAUAAUAGAUCAUAACAAUGAUGCUAAUGUUAGAGCAGCUUCUGUCAUUCUGCUACAUCAGAUAAUUAAUGAAGAUAGAGAAUUUGGAUCAACAUUUCUCCCAAGUAUUUUACAGAAAUUGGAAAAAUACAAAAAUAAACGAUAUUUCAAUCAUUCUUACAUACAUAAAAUAAAGCAUCGAAUUAUGCAAGCUUUAUUAAUAAUACAGCCAAUUUUAACUAAGGAUAAUACUGUAAUACUGCAAGAAUUUCUUUGUAAUUUAAUACUUCUGGAAAGUAAUCAACAUAGUGUUCGAAUAAUGCAAGAAUGGAUAUUAAUAAAAAUUUUUGUGGAAAAUAUAGAAUUUCAUGAUAAAAUCUGGGAAUUUUUUGAAGAGGGUAUUAAAACACGUCCAGGAUGUGUUAGUUCCAUAAUGUGUAUUAUUUAUCAUGUUUCUAAACUUCUACCCAAAGAUUCUCAAAGCAAUUUCAUUUUAACGGCACUCAAUUAUAUUACCCGUUGCUGUUUAGGACAACAAUAUAGUAUGCGUCUUUACGCUCAGAUUAUCUUUGUAAAAUUAUACAAAAUUUUGGAAGAAAUGAAUUUUGAUCAUGCAACAUUACAAUAUAGAGGAUUAUAUAAUGCCGCAAUUGCAACUUUGAAAGAUGGAUUAGCAAGAAAUUCAAACAAAAUUCAGGAUGAUUUUUAUCUUUCUAUUUUUCAUCCUAUAUUGAACUAUACCUUACAAACAAUUUAUUAUGAAUUACCUCGAUUGACUGAUAUGGAUACAAGUGAAUGGAUAAAUCCACAUUUGUUCAAAAAUUUGAAUUUUGAAGAAUUUAAUGGUCAUUCUCUUCAGCUAUAUAAUAUAAGUACAUCAUUAGCAAAUACUAAAACAUCAUCAUUUUUAAUAAAAUCCUCAGAAAAAACAGGUGGUAUAGAAUCUUUUGGAAAAAACGGUAAUAUGGAAUUUGAAGAAUUGAAUGAUAUUCAAAAAAAAAUUAAUCCUCUAAUGUCUACCAAUUUGUCACAUAGUGAUAUUUUUCCAACAAUCAGAGAAUCCAUUUCUCAUAAGAGAAUAUCAGAUGAAGAUGGUCUUAUAGUUGUAGCAUGUCUUGUUAGUCGUACUCCAAACUUAGGGGGACUUGCUCGUACUUGUGAAAUUUUUAAUGUAAAAGAAUUGGUUAUUGCUAAUAUGAAUCAAAUUAAAGAUAAGGAAUUUCAGAAUCUUAGUGUAUCAGCUGAAUAUUGGAUAACUAUUACAGAGGUAAAACCAUAUGAACUAUGCAAAUACUUACUGAAUAAAAAAGAUAUGGGAUGGUCUUUGGUAGGAGUAGAACAAACAGCUAAUAGUACAAAUUUGUUAAAUAUGAAAUUUGAGAAAAAGACAAUUCUUGUUUUAGGAAAUGAAAAAGAUGGGAUUCCUGCCAAUUUGAUACCUUUGUUUGAUACCUGCAUAGAAAUACCACAAGUUGGUGUAAUACGAUCAUUAAAUGUUCAUGUUAGUGGAGCAAUAUGUAUAUGGCAGUAUGCAAAACAGCAUAUAUUAACAUGAUCCUAUUUUUGAGUAUAAUAAAUAAUUAUAUAAUAUAAUGUUUAAUAUUCCUUUUUUUUUU